GUUCCGAGGUGAAGCGGCUCGCAGCGCUCGGGUGUUUCCGUCAGGACUCGGCAGCGAGCCGCCGUGGAUGUGGGAAUGCGGUUGCCGGAGGCUGUGGGCAUUGGUGGACGCUCGGCGGAGAUGUGUGCACGGCGGCAGGAGCCCUCAGUGGCCGGAUGUCGUCCGAGUUAACGGGCUGCUUCUGGGAUGUCGGACGGCCAGUGCGGCGAUCAGGGCGGCUGGGCGUGUUUCUAUCGGGGAUCUUCUGCCUUGUAGGGGGGACGAGAGCGCAGCCAGGAAGGAUUCCCCUACACCAUGGAGCUGCGCACUGCAGGCAGCGUGAGUACAGCGGCAGACGGCCGGGGAGCCUCCGGGGAGCGGGCUCAUCCCCGCUGGAACCACUCGUCAACUUUUUAGCGACCAAUUUCACUGAAGGCCGCGGCACAUUGUAGCGGAGUGUCGCUCAGGUGCGCCAACAAUAUUCCCGCUAAUUGAUGAUUAACUACUUAACGUCGGGAGACACCUGCGGACCGUCGGAGCUCUGAGCGCCGCGUCUCAUCGUCGGAUUAAUUUCUCAGGAUUUUCCGGCGCCUUUUGUUGCUACGGCGGUUGCUACGGACGACCAGCGAGUCCGAAGUCGUAAACAGACGGACUGACGGUGAAAUAGAAAGGGCACUCAAGUGGUGUCUACGAAUUUCAGUGUGAAAGGUGACGGUGAAAUGAAAUGCAAAACGCCUGACCCUCAACUGUAAACCUUUUCCUGGUGCUGCUGCACAUCGAUGUGACGAUACAUAACAAGUUGUGGAGUUUGUGAAGCCGACAGCAACAUCAUGUUCUACGGUUCUUCGUCGGGGGCCAGUAUGUCCCUCCCAUCCAAGAGCCGCCUGAAACGCCAGAGCAAGACCUUCACACAGGUCCUGUACCGAACUCUGAGCUACAGAGAUCGUGUCCCAGCAGAAAGUGGAACCAACACCCGAGGCGACCGGCGCUCCACCACUGAGCCUCCCGAGCGACCGGCAGACGACCCGGCUGAACUCUCCACGCAGAGCUCAGCCCCCGGGGUGCUGAAGAUCUUUGGAGAUGAAAUCUGUGCAGGUGCCAACUACAAGAGCGUCCUGGCCACGCCUCGAUCCAGUGCCCAGGAGCUGGUGAAGGAGGCCCUGGAGCGCUACUCACUUAAUAAGGACGCUGCCCACUGCUACGUCCUGUGCGACGUGAUCGGACGCCUGGAGGAGGGAGAUGGCAUCGGAGGAGGGGGGUGGCGGACUGAGUGCCUGCGAGCGCUCGGGGACAACGAGAAGCCGCUGUUGCUCCAAGAACUGUGGAAGCCCCGAGAAGGACACGCUCGCAGGUUUGAGCUGCGCAGGAGGGCAGAGGUGGAGGAACUGAACGCCAAGGACAAGGACACCAUCACUGCUGGGCCCAAAACCCCCCAGUUCCUGGCAGCUCUAAUGGGUCGGUCCGGGCUGGGCAAACACAGGAACUCCCCCCUGCGGUGCGGUCGAGUGGUACAGUCUGGCUCUAAAGAUAUUAAUGCCCAGGCUCGUAAGCUCCAGAGGAACAGAGCAAAGGGGACUCUGACUCUGCCCCGUUCCAGCAACUCAUCCUUCAGUCGCAGCCUCAGUGAGACCAGCCUCAAUCAGCUUGGGGUGGGAGAGGAGCCCAAGCGUUAUUACUCCACGCUGCCGGGACCUUUCAGGGGCCGAGAACGUGAGAUGGCAAGCAGCGGCCGGAGGAAGGAGGAGGGGAGUCAGGGGGGAGGAGGGGUGAGGCACUCUCUGUACCAGUCCCCCCAUCUUCUGCUGCUACAGGGCUUCAAUCGACAGGACUGCCUGGUUUACCUGCUGAACAGAGAGCAGCACACAGUCGGUCAGGAGACUCCCUCAGCUCGGCCCAACAUCUGCCUCUUCUCUCCGGACAUCCUGCCUCUCCACUGCCGGUUGCGUCGCGUCCCGACUGCCCGUCGCCACGCCGUCAACAGCAUCACCAAGGGAGAGGAGCUGCAAGAGAGUCAGCGAUCCUGCGUGGCUGUGGAGCCCGUGCUCAACGCCACGGUCCUCGUCAAUUUUUCCCGCUGUGAGCGCUCCACCACUCUGCGACACGGCGACCUCCUCUCCUUCGGAGCUCAUUACAUUUUCCUGUACAAGGACCCCACGGGUGCUAAGCCUCUGCCGGCCCAAACCCUGGCACGUCUUCGCACGCUGGGGCAGUUGUACGAUUCCGGGCUGGAGGAGGCCGAUGGCGGAGCUCGGACCUGUAAGAUGUGCGGAUCUGUGCUGAAGGACAGAACAACGCAGGUGCUGAGCGCCCCGGCGGUCAGACGCACCUUCAAACCUCACCUGGUGAAGCCUCGCAGCGUAGGGACGAUGUCAGGAGGGCCGCCAACGCUGUCUGGAGGUGAUGGAGGAGGUAGAGGUCAUAAAAGGAGGCUGCAGCUGGAGUUUGACCAGGCACACGAAGACCAGCUGUUGAACAGGAUUGUGUCUCUCAUAGAACCUGGAGGAGAUGACCACAAGCUGACGCCUGCCUACCUGCUGUGCAUGUGUAUACAACACUCCGCCUCGACCUUCCCACCGGGGAGUUUUGGAAAACUCCUGCUCAAGAUCGUCCGACGGAUCCAGACCAUCGCUUGGGAGAAGACAAAGGAGCUGGCUCAGAAGCAAGCUCAGCAUCAGGACCCGGCCUCCCUGUCCCUGCUCAGCAUCUCAGACUUGGUUCCAGACCUGCAGACCAUCUUCUUCUGGAUGUCCAACUCCAUAGAGAUCCUUUACUUCAUACAACAGAGAGCACCAGCGUACACACACAGCAUAGAGACACUGCAAGGGUCAAAGGAGUCGUUGCUAUCGGCGACCAUAUCAGCCAAUGAGGAGGCCAUGACUAUCUUGGAGGAAGUGAUCAUGUACACGUUCCAACAGUGUGUCUACUAUAUCACCAAGGCUCUUUAUGUGGUGUUGCCAGGUUUGUUGGACUGUAAUCCAUUCCCGGUCGACAGCUCUGAGCCGUGCUGGAAAGGAGGUGUCGGGUUUCCUGAGCCAGUGCGCCGGGUGCUGCAGGUGUUUCAGAACGCUCAGGAGCUUCUCCACAGUUACCAGGUCCACCCCGAGAUCCAGGCUCAGAUGUUUGCGUACCUCUUCUUCUUCUCCAACGUGUCGCUGUUUAACCAGCUGAUGGACAAAGGUCCAUCCCGGGGUUGGUUCCAGCGCUCCAAGGUGCUGCAGAUCCAGGCGUGUUUGCGGAUGGUCAUGGAGUGGGCAGGCAGGUCUGGGCUAGGACAUCUGGUCGACAAAUUCUUCACCAAACUCAACAGCACUGUGUCCAUAUUGGCCACGCCCCCUCAGCAGCUCACACAGGCAGGUUGGCGAGCGUUGUCUAGUGAACACCCAACGCUGAAACCGGUGCAGCUCCACAGGAUUCUGACUCAGUACCAGCUCACAGCAGAGAUAAGCUCCGUCCCAGUGUGGCAACCCAGCAGUGAGGACGAGGCAUAUAUAUACAGAACAGUCGACCUCCUGGAGAGCUUUGAGAACCAUCCUCCCAUUGUCCUGCCCAGCGCCGGCUUCAGAGUGGACCUGGACAGUGAAUGUGUGGAGGACAGUAUCUACAGGCAGCUGCUCUACGUCCGGCACUACCUGUGGGGGCUACGCACCAAGACACAAACACAAAGCAGCACACACUCCAAUGGAACCAACACAGCUGACUGGCCCGAUGUUCAGAGGGAGUUGCUGCCUCCGACCCACAGCAGCCCUCGUUCUGGGGCUCCAGGGGAUGAAGUGACCUCGGACCCAGCAGAGGAGCGAGGCUGGGACAGACCCUUGGGCCAAUCCCACACCCACAGCCUGAGGAGGAACGGCGGGGUUCACCACCCUCGGACGGUGAACCCGGAUCCAUCCUGCCUCCUCACCCCUCCCAACACCCCCUUGUACCCAGAGGCAGGAGGAGGAUCUGGGCCCGUCAUCAGCACCAACGUCCAGACCAAUGGCUGCACCGGCAGAACCGUGGCAGAAUGUAAAAAGACCAAUGGACUCAUUACGAACGGACUGGAGGGGUGUAUUAGUGGGUGUGAGUUUCCUUUCCCUGUAUCCUCCCCUGGCGCCCCUUCCCUUCCUGAUGACUUGUGUGUGGUGUUUGUAGUGGAACUGGACAAGGGACCGUACGGACUGGGGAUGGGACUCAUAGACGGCCUGCACACUCCUCUCAACGCUCCGGGUAUUUACAUCCGCACUCUAAUCCCAGACGGGCCGGCGGCGUCUGACGGCAGGUUGCGGAUCGGAGACCGAAUCCUUGCUGUGAACGGGACCAGUCUGAUCGGUGCAGACUAUCAAAGCGCGGUGGAUCUGAUUCGUCUGGGAGGAGGUCGCCUUCGUUUCCUGGUGGCCAAGUCGGACCCCGAAGUCUCAGAGAAGAUCAGUGCCUCCUCCUGCUGACCACCUCCACGACCCAGCAGAGACACACAACACAACAAGAAACAACUUGACAUGACAGAGGGCUGAACUACAAAGCCAGUUCAAUAUAUCCAGACUUUCUUUGUGUAAGUCGGUUCGGCAAAACUAAAACCUCAGAGUUAACAGGUAUCAUGAAGGUGGUUUUCAAUUUUCUUUAACUCAAACUUUCUGCUUCAAACUCUGUUCACACAAAAGGAGAAGUUUAACACGUCAUGUGACUCUUCUUCCAGUAAAUGAAGCCAUCAGCUGCAGCUGUGUCAGUCUUUUAAUAAGGAACAAUGAGGAAUAUAAAAAUGUAUGACAGUAAAAAGCUGCUCAUGGAAAUAAUGCAGGACAGGAAUGCUGGUACAAAACUGUUAAAUGUAGCUUAAUAUAUGUACUUUAUUCAUCAGUGCAGCUGAUUAUUUCUGACAGCUGCACAGUUAAACUUUAAACUUCAUAUAUUUAAACAUGAUAUUGUAUUGAAGUGCAUUUAGGUCUGACACUGUCCAAUAAUGCAUGAAAUCACUUUAAUUUGUGGUCAAAUCAAAAUUAAUAUUACUGAUUGAAUAUUCUCUGUAAUAAAUACUAAUAAUCAAUGUUCCAAUCAGUGCUCUAUCAGCUGCAGAACCAGCAGAGUAAACGGAUCAAACAUAAAAACAUAUUUAUGCAAUUUCUGCAUCACCAACUAAAUGUAGGUUUCCAUGGCAACACGAUGCAUACAGUGUGUGAUACUGUAACUACAUGGCUUCAUUCAGUGGUUUUAGUAACGUACAGAUCAACAGGUUUACAGAUUAAACAUUUUCCCUCAGCUGAAAAUCUGUAUCGCUUAUAAAUAAUCAUCAGGAAACGCUUCGGUUAAAGGGAGACACUUCUUACAGCCGAUUUAAAUCCAAAACUGAACAGAACCUGGACCAGGUUUGCUCCACAGCAUCAGUUACCAUGGAGAUCUAGCAGGUAAAAAGAGAGCGACACCUUCAUGAUACUGAAAACCCUGACUUUUGGCUCAACUUACCUGCAAACACACUAAUGUCACUCAUAGCCCUCAGAUACAGAUGUGCAUUGAUAACCAGGGAACACACACCACAUGAAAUAUGAAUGUCAAACCUACCGCCAGCACAGCACAAAGCCAAGCAAUCAAAUGGAGAUGACACUCAGUGACUCCACUCCACAGCUGCCAGACCUGCUUCCCUCCUGCUGGCUCCUACUGGGUUUGUGUAACAGACAGAAUCUGAAACCUGCUGCGACAUCAAAGGCAAGGAAAGUUGCCUCAUUAAUCAGCAUCUGAGUUGCUCGAGGUCUCACCAGCCCGUGUGCAGUGUGAUAUGGUUUUCAAGCACAGUAGUCUCAUAAACCGAGCCUUGCAGCAUGUGUGACUUUACCCGUCUGUGUUUUAGAAUCAUUUGUUAGUAACUCCAUAUGUAAAUAGCAUGGUGAACUAGCUACCAAACUCUCAGACGAAGGGACAGUUGGACUGAAACUGAUGCACUUCGCAGGUUUAAAGGCAUUUGAGCAGAGCCACAGUGGAACAUUUUAUAAACCCGUUUGUUAGCGACUACAGCUGUCCACUUUGCAGAUGAAACUUCUGUGAAUGAAUGUUGACGUUUGCACUGGAGAGUGGAUGGAAAAGACAAGAACUCUCCCACAUCACAUUUCACCUCAUCGCCGGAUUUUACCUCCGCUGGAAAAAAAAGAACUCUUUACACUCAAAUUGGGCAUGUAGCUGCUGUUGUUUAUUAUUUACCAUCAACAUCAAAACAGCAGGCUUCACUCCAGAUGCACAGUCCUGGUUGUGUACAAACUGCAGUGUAAAUAGUUGUAAAUAUUUACCUCUGUCUCACAUUGUUUGGACUGUACAAAGAGAAACCGAUUUGGGAUCUACUCUGUGUUUUUUUGCUGAAAUACAUUCAGACAGUUAAAUGGAGAGACAUGUAGUUAUGGGUUGUGUACUUUGCCCCCCUCCCCCUAAAUUGUGUAUUUAUUUCAAGUUCUAUGAUUGAGAGCACAAGAUGGUUUGUGCAGGAAUGAAUUGCAAAAUAUAAGGUUGCUGGAAGCUUAAAUGGUUGGUUUGCCCAAUUUCCAAAACCAAAUGUAAUUUAUUUGUGCACAUUGUAUUAGUCUGCAGUUUCUGUCACCAAGCAAAUGCACUGAAGAAAGCAGGUUCAGCUGUAAAAGUGGCUUAAUUAAUCUACCAGCUCCAAUCAGGAAAAAUGCCCAAAGAUUUAGGAUAAUGAGAAAAUUAACAAACUCUUUGAUCCGUUAAGCCAGAACCAGCGAAUAUUUGCCAUUUUCACUUAAAAUGAUUUAUUUUUAACUGAUUAAUUCUUUCUGCAAUUGGACCUCAUUUCAGUUUCUACAUUCACACAUUGUUAAAAAAAAAAAAGAAAAAAAAUCUGCUCCGUUUUACUCUCGACUUAUGAUUCGGUUCAUUUACCUUCAACAUUUGUGUGACCUCAUGCAUGUUUAUUCUUCUCUGGUCAUUAUUUAUACUGGUGAUGAAGAAUGAUUGGUAUUUAAGAAUAAAGAUUGUUGGAUA